AUGGGUGGAGACGUGCUCCGACAAGCUCCAAGCUCUCUUCCCCGGACUCCGGCUCGCCCCGUUGGCCAGCGGAUCAAGAGCAUCUACACCGAUCGGUUGAAACAAUUCACCGAAACUGGCCAGUACAGCGGCCAGAACUUGAUCUCGAAGCUCUUUGAAGCCACCAACUCCGACGAAGACCAUGUCAAACUCGAGGUCUACUCUGUCCCCGACCUGCAGCGUCCCUCGUUCGAGGAGGCCACUUCCCACGAAUUCAAGCCCACUCAUAUCGGCGCCUCCUUUGGUCCUAGUUGGUCUACACAUUGGUUUCGCAUCCGACUAGCCAUCCCUGAGGAUUUGCGCCGGAAGGAACGGCUGGAGUUCCAUUGGGAUGCCAACAAUGAGGGAUUGGUGUGGACGGAGGAUGGCCGGCCGUUGCAGGGUCUUACGGGCGGAGGUGAGCGGAUUGAGUGGGUGAUCCCUGACGCCUGGCGCGAUGGAAAGGAACAUACGUUUUAUAUCGAGAUGGCCUGCAAUGGCAUGUUUGGCAAUGCCCCCGGAGGUGAUUCGAUCCAACCGCCGGCCCCAGAUAAGUACUAUACUCUUCAUACGGCCCGCAUCACUGCCAUCAAUGUUGAGGCGCGGGCUCUCUUUUACGAUUUCUGGAUUAUUGGAGAUGCGGCUAGAGAGUUCCCCGGUGAUGGCUGGGAGUCUCACGAGGCAAACAUGGUCGGCAAUGCCAUCAUGGAUGCUUUCAUUGCCGGAAAUGGAAGCAAUGAAGCGAUCAAAGAGGCGCGCAAAAUUGCCCAGAAGUAUCUCGGGGGUAAAGUCGAUUCAUCCGAUGUGUACAACACGGAGACGCAGCCGAUUGUCUACGGUAUUGGCCAUUGCCAUAUCGAUACGUGCUGGCUAUGGCCUUGGGCCGAAACCAAGCGCAAGGUGGCCCGGUCCUGGUCGAAUCAAUGUGACCUGAUGGAUCGAUACCCCGAGCACCGAUUUACCUGCUCACAGGCACAGCAGUUCAAAUGGUUGAAACAGUACUAUCCUACCGUCUUUGACCGCGUAAAAGGCUGGGUGAAGAAAGGACACUUCCAGCCCAUCGGCGGGAGCUGGGUCGAGCAUGAUACCAACUUGCCCAGCGGAGAAUCGUUGGUCAGGCAGUUUCUCUACGGACAGCGGUUCUUUGAAAGCCACUUCGGAGAACGGUCCACAACUUUCUGGCUGCCAGAUACAUUUGGCUAUUCCUCUCAAAUUCCUCAGAUCUGUCGCUUGGCGGGAAUGAGUCGCUUCUUUACGCAGAAGCUCAGCUGGAACAACAUUAACAACUUUCCCCAUACGACUUUCCAAUGGGUUUCCCUGGACGGCAGCCAGGUCAUGUGUCAUAUGUCCCCUUCGGAGACAUACACUGCCAGUGCUCACUUCGGUGAUGUCAAGCGUAGCGUGACCCAGCACAAGUCGAUGGACCAAGACAACACUUCACUCUUGGUGUUCGGAAAGGGGGAUGGCGGUGGAGGGCCUACUUUCGAGCAUCUCGAGAAGCUCCGCCGCUGCCGGGGUCUGAGUGACAAGGUGGGCCUACUCCCGCGUGUGAAGAUGGGAGAGUCCGUGGACGACUUCUUUGAAGGGCUAGAAAAGAAAGCGGCGAACGGCACUGAAUUCGCUACGUGGUAUGGCGAGCUCUACUUUGAGCUUCACCGCGGUACAUAUACCACUCAAGCAAACAACAAGCGCAACAAUCGCAAGGCUGAGUUCUUGCUGCGCGAGCUUGAAUAUCUGGCCACUCUUGCAUCCAUCACCAAGACUAGCCACUACGAAUACCCUAAGAAAGAUAUCGACGACAUGUGGGAGGGAACUCUCCUGUGCCAGUUCCAUGACUGUCUUCCCGGAAGCUGUAUUGAGAUGUGCUACGAUGACUCCGAUCAGCUUUAUGCAGAGAUUUUCAAGACAGGGAAGAAGGCCAGGCGAGAAGCGCUCGAGGCCCUUGGAUAUGAUCAUACAGGCAGUGGCCAGACUCUUCAGGCAAUCAAUACCCUGCCUUGGCGCCGCUCUGAGAUAGUCCGAAUCCCCAAUGAGUUCAUUGCCUCGACGGGUUCGAAAUUUGCCCUCGUCACUGGUGAAACUGGGCCUAUCGAGUGUAAACCCUCCGUCACGCGUCCGGCUUCUGCUGUGACAGCAUCGGAGAUCAGCCCUGGCACGUUCCGUCUUGAAAACUUCAAGCUGAGAGUUGAUAUCCACAAUGGUGUGAUCAUCUCACUGUACGACGUCGAAGAAGACCGUGAGGUGAUUGCCAAGGAUGGCAAGGCUGGACAGCUGGUCAUUUUUGACGAUAAACCAUUGUACUGGCAGGCCUGGGAUGUGGAGGUCUUCCAUCUGGAAUCGAGGAAAGAAUUACAAUCCGGAAAGAGCAGCAUUUCCGAGAAAGACCCCAACCGUGCCAGUGUCGUCACUGAAACCAAGAUCAGUGACAAGAGCUGGGUUAAGACUACCAUCAGCCUUGCCGCUGCCAUAGAAGAUCAGCCUUCGUACGUGGAGUUCCACAGCGAGGUCGAGUGGAAGGAAGAUAUGAAAUUUCUCAAGGUUGAGUUCCCUGUUGACAUUACCAACACGGAGGCAUCUUAUGAGACUCAGUAUGGAAUGAUCAAGCGUCCAACUCACUACAACACGAGCUGGGAUAUGGCCAAGUUCGAAGUAUGCUGUCAUAAAUGGGCCGACCUGUCCGAGAAUGGGUACGGCGUGUCUGUCCUGAACGAUUCGAAGUACGGUUUCGCAACCUGCGGUAACCUGAUGCGCCUUUCUUUGCUUCGUGCACCGAAAGCACCCGAUGCUCAUGCCGAUAUGGGCCGCCAUCACAUCCGUUAUGCUAUCGUGCCGCAUGCCGGUCCCCUUGAUGCUCGUAUUGUUCGGGCUGGAUACAAUUUCAAUCACCCUCUGGUGCUGGAGCCAGCCACUGGUCUAGCAAACGCUAGCGUUUUCACAUCUGUUUCCCUCGGUGGGUCACCGUCUCUCAUCCUGGACGCGGUAAAACGCGGAGAAGAUGAUGAAGACGUGUCUCGGGACAAUUUGCCUCGCCGUCCAGGUCAAAGCAUCAUCCUCCGCAUCUACGAGUCUCUCGGCGGUAAAAGCCGGGGAACUAUCCGCACCAAGCUCCCCGUUAAAGAGGUCUGGAAGUGUAAUGUGCUUGAGGAUAACGAGAUCUCGCUGCCACUUUCUAAGAGAGACGACUCCAUUGAUGUUGACAUCGAGCUGAGGGCAUAUGAAGUAGCUACUUACCGCUUGCAGCUGUAA